AUGCAGCAGUCGGGUCAAAAAGGCACCAGAAACACGCUUCAGCACGCCAUCGGCCCAGUUCUGGUUAUUGCCCAGUUCUUUGGAGUCCUGCCUGUUGCGGGGGUCUGGCCGAGCUGUCGUCCGGAGAGGGUGCGCUUUCGCUGGAUAUCCUUGUCCCUGCUGGCUGCUCUGAUCUUGUUUGUCUUCUCCAUCGUGGACUGUGCGCUAUCCUCGAAAGUGGUGUUCGAUCAUGGACUGAAAAUCUAUACCAUAGGAUCUCUUAGCUUCAGCGUGAUUUGCAUCUUCUGUUUUGGGGUCUUCCUGCUGCUUUCCCGCCGCUGGCCAUACAUCAUCCGUCGAACAGCGGAGUGCGAGCAGACCUUUCUGGAACCAGAGUACGAUUGCAGCUAUGGACGCGGCUACUCCAGUCGCCUUCGCCUCUGGGGAGUCUGCAUGCUGGUGGCCGCUCUCUGCGAGCACUCCACCUAUGUGGGCAGCGCGCUGUACAACAAUCACCUGGCCAUCGUGGAGUGCAAGCUGGAUGCGAACUUUUGGCAGAACUAUUUUCAGCGGGAGCGCCAGCAGCUCUUCCUGAUCAUGCACUUCACCGCCUGGUGGAUACCCUUCAUCGAGUGGACCACGCUGUCGAUGACCUUCGUGUGGAACUUCGUGGAUAUCUUUCUGAUACUCAUCUGCCGCGGAAUGCAGAUGCGGUUCCAGCAGAUGCACUGGCGCAUCAGGCAGCAUGUGAGGCAGCAAAUGCCGAAUGAAUUCUGGCAGAGGAUUCGCUGUGAUCUUCUGGACCUCAGUGAUCUUCUGGGCAUCUACGACAAGGAGUUAUCCGGCUUGUUAGUGCUAUCCUGUGCCCACAACAUGUACUUUGUUUGUGUGCAGAUCUAUCAUAGCUUUCAAUCCAAGGGCAACUAUGCGGAUGAGUUAUAUUUCUGGUUUUGCUUGUCUUAUGUCAUCAUACGCGUACUAAACAUGAUGUUCGCUGCAUCCUCGAUUCCCCAAGAGGCUAAGGAGAUUUCUUACACCCUAUACGAAAUUCCCACUGAGUUUUGGUGCGUGGAGCUCAGGCGCCUGAAUGAGAUCUUUCUAUCCGACCACUUUGCUCUGAGUGGCAAAGGAUACUUUCUGCUGACCAGGCGUUUAAUAUUUGCAAUGGCUGCCACUUUGAUGGUCUACGAACUGGUGCUCAUCAACCAAAUGGCUGGAUCUGAGGUGCAGAAGAGCUUCUGCGAGGGCGGCGUUGGCUCCUCCAAGAGCAUAUUCUCCUAG